UAGUUAAGCCCUGUUCCGUUUUACAAACGUUCCGGCACCCCUACUGAACUGCAAUGGUCUGUUCCUGUCGACAUGUCAGGAUUGUUGCUUGGCGAGAGCCGAAGCGGCCGGACAGAGGCGUACUAAGCUUCCAUUGCAGUUUUCCUGCGCUUGGUUUGCGGAGCAAGAUAUACCAACAUUUUUACUAAUAGUUUAGCCUUCGACUUGGUUAGAAGAGACAUUUUACUGUAAAUAUAAACAUUUGGGUAUUUCAAACGGAGUACAAUUCACAUAUUUCAAUGUAUCUGGGGUGAAGCUGAAAGGAAAACUCCAGUGGACGGAAAAUGAUGAACUUUGGACUGUUCUCACACAUUUUCGUGACAUGUUUCUUGUCGUCUGGGAAAGAAUAAAAUAACACCGCCCGGCGUGGCGGCCGCUGGGCUUAAUCAAGAAAAGGACUUUUCCGCAAUUGGGUCAAAUUGAUAAUAAAAGUAUUUAACGUGCGUUACUAUUGGAACGGAACAAGGGAGUAAAAUGUCGGCAAAGGCUGCAGCUAACAAGAGUGCUGCUAUGGAAGAAACAGUCAUAUGGGAACAACACACUGUGACCCUACACAGGGCUCCAGGGUUCGGGUUUGGCAUCGCUAUCUCAGGUGGCAGAGACAACCCUCACUUCCAGAGUGGUGAGACGUCCAUCGUUAUAUCUGACGUGCUGAAGGGAGGCCCAGCUGAGGGGCUGCUGCAGGAGAAUGACCGCGUGGUCAUGGUCAACGCUGUCUCCAUGGACAACGUGGAACAUGCCUACGCUGUGCAGCAGCUCCGCAAGAGUGGCAAGAACGCAAAGAUCACGAUCCGCAGGAAGAGGAAGGUGCAGAUCCCCGUGUCGCGGCCGGGCGACCGGGAGACCAUGUCGGAGCACGAGGAGGAGGACAGCGAGGAGGACGACGGCUACGACGAGCGGAGCGGGCGCGGGGGCUACGGGGGCGCCAGCGGGGGCACGGGGAGGCGGGGCGAGCGGAGCAGCAGCGGCAAGAGGGACCGCAGCGCGUCCCGGGAGAGGAGCGCGUCGCCGCGCUCCGACAGGCGCUCGCAGACGUCCUCGGUCCCGCCCCGGCCCGCCAAGGUCACCCUCGUCAAGUCUCGCAAGAAUGAAGGUGGGCAACACAAUGUCGGGGGCAGAGCAGAGUACGGGCUGCGUCUGGCCAGCCACAUCUUUGUGAAGGACAUCUCCCCAGAGAGCCUGGCGGCCCGGGAUGGCAACAUCCAGGAGGGGGACGUGGUGCUGAAGAUUAACGGCACUGUGACAGAGAACCUGUCUCUGAUCGAUGCUAAGAAGCUGAUUGAGAGGUCAAAGGGCAAGUUAAAGAUGGUGGUCCAGAGAGACGACCGAGCGACCCUGCUCAACAUCCCCGACAUGGACGACAGCAUCCCCUCCGCCAACAACUCUGACAGAGACGACAUUUCAGAAAUACAUUCUUUGACGUCAGACCAUUCCAAUCGAUCCCACGAUCGAUCCCACGAUCGUGGGCGGGGCAGUCGCUCUCGGUCACCUGCCAGGUCUGAACACUCAGACCUCUCCAGACACUCCCCUCGCCAGAUCAGCAACGGCAGCCACAGGAGUCGAGAUGAGGAUCGUAUGUCAAAGCAGGGCGCCAUGUCUACGCCAGCGAAGAGCUCUGAUGAUGGCAUCCUCUCCAUGACCAGCGACCAGGCAUCCGAUAAGCAGAUGCCUCCUCUGCCAGAACCCAAGCCUGUGUACGCCCAGCCUGGCCAGCCAGAUGUGGACCUCCCCGUCAGCCCCUCUGAUGCCCCUGUGCCCAGCGCUGCCCACGACGACAGCAUCCUCAGGCCCAGUAUGAAACUGGUGAAGUUUAAGAAGGGGGAGAGUGUGGGCCUGCGGCUGGCUGGGGGCAAUGAUGUGGGCAUCUUUGUGGCAGGAGUCCUGGAGGACAGCCCGGCUGCCAAGGAAGGGCUGGAGGAAGGCGACCAGAUACUCAGGGUAAACAAUGUGGACUUUGCUAACAUCAUUCGGGAGGAGGCAGUUCUCUUCCUGUUGGACCUGCCUAAGGGGGAAGAGGUCUCCAUCCUGGCCCAGAAGAAGAAGGAUGUGUACCGGAGGAUAGUGGAGUCAGAUGUAGGAGACUCCUUCUACAUCAGGACCCACUUUGAGUAUGAGAAGGAGUCUCCUUACGGGCUGAGCUUCAACAAGGGCGAGGUGUUCCGCGUGGUGGACACCCUCUACAACGGCAAGCUGGGCUCCUGGCUCGCCAUCCGCAUCGGCAAGAACCACCAGGAGGUGGAGCGGGGCAUCAUCCCCAACAAGAACAGGGCGGAGCAGCUGUCCAGCGUGCAGUACACCCUCCCCAAGGCACCAGGGGGCGACAGAGCAGACUUCUGGCGUUUCCGUGGCCUGCGCAGCUCUAAGAGGAACCUGAGGAAGAGCAGGGAGGACCUGUCAGCCCAGCCCGUCCAGACCAAGUUCCCCGCCUACGAGAGGGUGGUUCUGAGAGAGGCUGGCUUCCUGCGCCCGGUGGUGAUCUUCGGGCCGAUCGCUGACACGGCUCGGGAGAAGCUCGCCAGAGAGGAACCUGAUCUGUUUGAGCUCGCAAAGACUCAGAAACAAGAAGGAGGGGAAAAGAGCGAGCCCAGAGAUGCAGGCAAGGACCAGCGUAGCUCCGGAAUCAUCCGCCUGCACACCAUUAAACAGAUUAUCGACCGUGACAAGCAUGCCGUGCUGGACAUCACGCCGAACGCGGUGGACCGCCUAAACUACGCCCAGUGGUACCCCAUUGUGGUGUUCCUCAACCCCGACAGCAAGCAGGGCGUGAAGAACAUGAGGACCCGCCUCUGCCCCGAGUCCAGGAAGAGUGCCAGGAAGCUGUACGAGCGGGCCCUGAAACUGAGGAAGAACAACCACCACCUCUUCACCACCACCAUCCAGAUGAACAACAUGAACGAUGGCUGGUAUGGAGCUCUGAAGGAGAACGUCCAGCAGCAGCAGAACCAGCUGGUCUGGGUGUCAGAGGGCAAGGCGGACGGCGCCCCAGACGAUGACCUGGAUCUCCAUGACGACCGUCUGUCCUACCUGUCCGCUCCAGGUAGCGAGUACUCCAUGUACAGCACGGACAGCCGCCACACCUCCGACUACGAGGACACGGACACGGAGGGCGGGGCCUACACCGACCAGGAGCUGGACGAGACGCUGAACGACGACGUGGGCCUGCCCUCGGAGCCCGCCAUCACCCGCUCCUCUGAGCCGGUCCGCGAGGACCCCCCCGUCAUCCAGGAGCCCCUGGGGUACGCAGGCUACCAGCACCCGGGCCCCCCCGACCCGCUGAACCGCAUCGACCCGGCAGGCUUCAAGGUGGCAGCUCCGCAGCAGAAGCCAGAGGCUGAGGUCACCAUGUCUAGCCUCCCCCCUGAGACCCUGGUUGCGACUGAGACAGCACCCCCUGCUGUUGACUCCAAUCUAAACACUGUAGGGGCUCUGAUCCCUGAGGAGGCUCCAGUAGCCUCCCCCAGCCCUGGCCCUGGCCUCAGCCCCAGCCCUGGCCCUGGCCUCAGCCCGGGGCCUGGCCUCAGCCCCAGCCCUGGCCUCAGCCCCAGCCCCGGCCUGGAGGCUGGCUCCCUUAGGAGGUCCACCCCUGAGCUAGCUCCCACCCCAACACCAGAACUCCUACAGUCUGGACCGACCAGUACAGAACCAAAGAUCUUGCAUCAUGACCCCUACAGCGUGGAGGAGCCCGGGAGAGCCAAUCACGGAGGGAAGCCGGUGAUCUACGAGCCCGCCUACUUGAGCCAGCAGCCGUACAGAGAUUACGACCACCCUCCUAGUCGCUAUGACGCUGCCGCUCCUGUCUCCGGGGGCUACCGUCACUAUGACUCCCAGCUGACCUAUGAGAACAGCCUGCCGCCAUAUGAGCAGCAGUGGAACCCGUACGGACAGCCUGGCUCCGCCCCCCAGGGCUACCAGCCCCCGGCGGGGGGGUACAACCCCCGUCUGCCCUACGAGGACGGCCCGGAGCACCAGUACAGCCCCCCCCAGCCACGCUAUGACGAGCCUCCGCCUCAGGGCUAUGACGGACGGCCUCGCUACGGGAAACCGGCCCCGGGCCCUGCCCGCUACGACGAGCCUCCUCCUCCUAUCCCCGGCUAUGAGCUGAGACCACGCUACGACCAGGAGAGCCACGCCCCCUACCCUCCCGCCUCGCGCUCCCCCGACCCCGCCCAGCGGCCUGCCUACUCCCAGGGCCCCCCCCAGCACCGGGGCUACAAGCCCCCCCAAGAGGCUGACCCCCCUAUACUUCCACCCAAAACAGAGGCCCUGCCCUCACCCGCAGCUGAGCAUGUGGUUACCACAGCGCCCAAGCCUUUGCCCCCGCCCCCCAGAGAGGAGCAUGUGGCGGAAGACGACCCGGCCAUGCGGCCCCAGUCGGUUCUGACCCGUGUCAAGAUGUUUGAGAACAAGAGGUCCGUGUCUGUGGACCGGGCCAGGGAGACGGGAGAAGCUCCAGGGACCAGGGCUGCAGAUGUAAAGCCUGCAGGAGGGAUUCCCAAAGCAAACUCUCUGAGCAACCUGGACCAGGAGAAGACCUUCAGAGCCCCAGAGCCCCAGAAGCCCCAGGUCGCUGACGACAUUGUGCGCUCCAACCACUACGACCCCGAGGAGGACGAGGAGUACUACAGGAAGCAGCUGUCCUACUUUGACAGGCGCAGCUUCGACGGCAGCAAGCCCCCGCCCCAGACCAGCCCUGUCCCUGCCCCAGGCCCCGCCCCAGGCCCCGCCCCCACCUCCAAACCUGCCCAGCCACAGGCCCCUCCGGCGGAGAAGAGAUACGAGGCGACUCCCACCCCUCCGCCAGCAACACUGCCCAAACCCGCCUCAGUUGAAGCUCUGCCUGGUCGUGAAGACACGGUCCAGACCAACGUCCUGCCUCACAAGAGCUUCCCAGAGAAGUCUCCUGUUAACGGGACUUCUGACCAGCCCAAGCCUGCCCCUGGAGCCCCGGCCAGCUACAACCGCUAUGUCCCCAAGCCAUACACCUCCUCCGCCAAACCUUUCGAGCGCAAGUUCGACAGCCCCAAAUUCAACCACAACCUGCUGCCCAACGACCAAACCAAGCCAGAGCUGGCCUCCAAGCCGCCUCCAGCCUCCAGCCCUGCCAAGGCCCCGGUGCAGACCCACAUCCUGGACCCAGAUAGCGGGCUAGACACCUUCACCCGCACCAUGGACCACCGCUCCAAGUACCAGCAGAACAACAUCAACGCCGUGCCCAAGGCCAUUCCUGUCAGCCCCAGCGCCCUGGAGGACGAUGACGAUGAUGAAGGCCACACGGUGGUCGCCACGGCGCGCGGCGUGUUCAACAGUAACGGCGGCGUGCUGAGCUCCAUAGAGACGGGCGUGAGCAUCAUCAUCCCGCAGGGCGCCAUCCCAGACGGCGUGGAACAGGAGAUCUACUUCAAGGUCUGCCGCGACAACAGCAUCCUGCCCCCCCUCGACAAGGAAAAAGGAGAGACCUUGCUGAGCCCGCUGGUGAUGUGUGGUCCUCACGGGCUGAAGUUCCUGAAGCCCGUGGAGCUGCGCCUGCCUCACUGUGCGUCUAUGACCCCUGAUGGUUGGUCUUUUGCUCUCAAAUCCUCCGACUCCUCGUCGGGUGACCCUAAGAGUUGGCAGAACCAGGCCCUGCCCGGCGACCCCAACUACCUGGUGGGGGCCAACUGUGUGUCCGUGCUCAUCGACCACUUCUGAGGCCCCCGCCUGGGGGGCUGGACACCCCCGUCCAUGACAACAGAAGAAGGCUCUUUACACACACACACACACACACACUCGCUCACACUAAUGCAUGCAUACAGUUCAUUUGCAUGUGUGUUCUUGCAAACACACACAGACACAUCCAUACACAGACACACACCACGCUGAAGUGUUUACCACAAUGGGGAGUCUGACAUCUUCAACUGAGCAGGAGGGAGGAGGAGGACAGAUCUGGCUGGUGUAUUUCUAUACUACAUACACUAUGGUCUCUACUACAGUACGUUUGCUUUUUACUUUUUAUGAAGUUCUACGAAAACAGAAAGAACAGAACUGUGACCAAUCCUGUGCUGAGCUGGAACGUCUGACUGGAUGAACUGCCACGUUGGACCGUGUCUGGUUCCUGGGGAAGCGGGGGUGGGGCACGACCAUGAAGAUGAAGAAGAUGCUGAUGCGUAUUAUGGAGGAUAUGAUGAUGAUGAUGAUGAUGAUGAUUAUGUAGAAGGAGAGGUAUUAUGAAGGUUGAACAGGUGAACAUGAAGACCAGCUCCACAGUCUCCUGAAGGCUCUCUUUAGAACAUCCUCCUCUUCCAGUGUCGUAGGUUGCUCCAGGUGACUUUUCUGUCAGAAGAACAUCAUGCAUGUCCUGCCUACCUGCCUAUCUACCUACAGUACCAACCACUCAGGUCCACACACCUGCUCACACGCUUAAACUCACAGCCCUCCCUUUGACUCUCUCACUUCUCUCUCUCACUUCUCUCUCUCUCUCUUAUCUCCCCUCUUACCUCUUCCUUCCUUUCUCCCUCCUCUCUCUCUCACUAACAAAAGAGUGAUGCCUUAUCUGCAAAUUAUUCACUUGUUCAGUACAGCUAAACUCUGGGUUUUUCUAAGUUAUGAUAAAUUAUGGAAAAGGACGUUCUUGUUUUUUUCUCUUGCCAUUUUCCGUCAACCGACUGUAUGGAGUAUGCUGGGUUUAGCACAGGGGGUGGGGUGUAGGCUCAGAGGGACGGGUCUGCUAUGCAUAAUUAUGACUUCAGAAGAAAAACAACAAAAAAUCCAACUGAAAAAAGAGGUUGCUGUAUAGACAGCUGACCGAUGGCCUUGUUCUUGGUUUGUAAAUGAACUUUUGUAUUGUCUUUGUUAUUUUGUACAAAACGUAGAGAGAAAAACAAUAAUUGUUUUCAAAAAAAGAAGAAAAAAAGGAAAGGAAUAAAAUAAAACAGGUUGUCUUUGUAUUCUGGUUGGUCUCUGAAGCCUUGUAACUUACCAGUACUUCCAAUACUUUUGUACCAGUAUACUGAAUUCACUCUACAUGAAGUAACAGUCACGAUAACUAAUUGUACACUUAUUUACAGAAAAGUUAAGAAGGUUAAAUAACUUUACAGAUAUGUUCUUCCUGGGGGUGGGGCCUAAGGGCUCCCCCUCCGUGCUCCGUGAGGCAGGGGCUGUAUUGUGUGCCCUGAAAUGUAUUUUUAUACUAAUAGACGAUAUAUUACACAUGGCACACCAGAACUACUCUUAGUUAAUAACACAGCUUCAGGUGCGUAGUAGCUCUUCACGUGUGACUGUUUUUCUCCUUUGCGACACAGUUUUAAGUAUACCACUGUAUUAAUUAAUAAAAUCAUUUCUAAAGUUAA